AAUAUGAAAUGCUGUUGGCGAUGUAUGAAUAAGAGGAAUCUUAUGAACAAAGUCUUAAAUUUGUACAUUCUUCAAAAUUUCAAACAAUGCUGCGAUUAAAAAAAAUGGAAUAGAUUUGGUAGCAUAAGUACCUUAAAUUACACUUGUUUGGGAAAGCUUUGCAUUUACAGAAAGCGACCUAAGAAGAUUGAACCUUUAAAGCACUAGGUCUGAUUUCCCAGUGUUCAAAACGGAGAUUGUGAUUUAGGAAAAAUACAAAAAUGUUCACCCUGUAUAUUUGAAAAACAGUUUACCAGACGGACUAAGCGUAACUGUUUAUACACAAAAGUGGAACCGCUUAUGUUCUUAGCUUCUCACUUUUGUCCCUCUGACUAUUAGCUAUGUUUACAGGAACCCAAUUCAGUAGCAGAGAUAUAUGUUACAUUCGACAUGCUGAAACCCCUCCCUAUAUCACAACGAGUAAAUAAUAUGACAUUAAUUUGAUGACUUAUUUCUUAAUAUUACACGUGACUAUAGUAGAUGUUUAAUGUCUGUCUAAUGUGUUUGCUAUUAGGCACAGGAAGAUGUCGAAGUAUUGCGAUCUCUUCUUGUUCCUUUGGAAGAAGAAAUUAAAGCCCUCAAAGAUAAGCUGCGCAGUGCGGACGAUCUACUUCAAAAAUGUCAAUGUAAACAUACCGGAGUUGAGACCUCCGCAAAUCCCAGUUUACACGCAACUGCCACAAACACCUCGUUUGAGGGGCGUCACACAGCCAUCGCGCAAUGCGACAUGUGCAGUAAUUACGAAACCGAACUAGUUAAAGAACAAAAGCAUACCGAAGACAUAAAGCUUAAAUUGCUAAGGGCCGAAAAGGCGGUGGACAGGCAUCGGGAGGAGCUAUUAAAAGAGAUAGGUUUUCGAGAGGAAAUUGAGGAGAAAUGGAACGAAAAAAAAGAACAACAUAAACUUCAAGUCGCAGAGUUAACUACCAGAACUGAUUGUGCCGAACAGGAUCUAAAGGAACUGCAAGAUGUGUUUAAACACACUAUGGUCGAGGUUAGACAACAAUUAACAGUGAUUACUAACGAGAGGGAAAAAGUUCAGCAUGAACUAGAAAAAUUACAAAGGGAAAAUGAGGAUCUUGUGGGAAAGUACAGCGUUCACUCCCAACAAUUACAAAGCGAAGCGAUUAAUUUGCCCAAUGUUGUAGAGGAUUUACAAGAACUGAUUCUCAGAGGGCAUCAAGAGUUAAUCAUCGCAAAAAUUGCAAAAGAAGUUGUCGAGGAGGAAGUCGACAUUUUGAGAUCUGAUAAUUUACUUUUGAAAGAUGAAAUUACCAUGUUAAAAGACCAAACUGAGCAAUUGGAAGCGGAAAAGCAGAGGUUACUGUCCACACAGGAUAAAUUAAAAUCACUAGACAAAAUUCAUCAAGCAACUCUGGCACAAAUUGAUGAACUAUCCGGCGAAAAGAAUCUAUUGGAAGAUCAGAACAACGAACUAAAAUCGAGAGUUGCAUCGUUGCAGCAGGAAUUGGACAACAGUGAAACUGUGCAAAAGGAUUUCGUUCGUCUCUCUCAAAGCCUCCAGGUUCAGUUAGAGAAGAUUCGAGAUGCGGACACCCAAGUUCGGUGGCAGCACGAGGAAGAUGUGGAGGACUGUCCGUCUUGUCGAUCAAUGUUUAAUGUGACUAAACGAAAAAAACAGCAUUGCAGACAUUGCGGGCAGAUAUUUUGUUUACCUUGUUUAAAUCAUACUGUUUGUAGUGGUCCUAAUCAAAGACCGUCGAAAGUUUGUGAUGUGUGUCAUACACUGCUAGUUAAAUCAUCGGCUCCAUAUUUUAGUACAGAAGUUCCUCAUUCUCCCGAUUAAAGUCCAUUGCGUUAUUAAUUACAAAUGAGUAUGUAUUUGUUAUAAAAAUAUCUAGUUGACGUUUUAUUUUGUGCAAUAAAUGAAUUUGUUCGCCAGUA